UAUUCAGUAGAACAGAAAGGGCGUAUCUCUUGUGUGGAUCAGUUGUCGCCUACAAGGUACAACAUAUCUUGCCACUGGAGAUGAUGCUCAUGGCUGCUGGCCUACGCUUAAUGUCUGCGCUGUUUCUCUGGGGGCUCUGCACCCACGUCAGGCCUGCAAGGGCUUUUUUUGGAUGGAUGACAAAGAAGGCAGCCCCUAGCCCAGCCCCCCCUCCACCUUCCUUCUCAGAGGCAGAAGGAGGGGCGCCUCCCCCCUUCGAGAUGAGUGUCGCCGAUGAGCAUUUCCUGGCCGAGGCCAAACAGCUGGAGUUGAGCCCCUUGGACACCUGCCAUUAUCGGGUGAUUGCCAAGAUCAAGACAACAUGCAGCAGCCUGUCAGAGGAGGAGUUGGCCAAGCUAGGCGUGGUCUUAUUCAACUGCCAAGCAGAGGUAGAAGGGCGCAGAACCUUCCCCUGCACUGAAGAAAUGACUAUCAAAGAGUGCACGGCGGAGAUGGACUCAGACACCUGGAAUGCAUAUCACAUCGUGAGUAACCGGGCACGCUCGGUCUGCUACGCCACGCGCCAGCAGCACUUCCGCAGGAAGGCGGAGUUAACCGUCAACUCUCUCAUCUCCUCGGCAGCCAAUCAGCUGGAGGCCAUGAAGACCCUCAAGGAGGGUCAACUGGAGCUGAAGGAGGUUACAGCCUCUUCGGUGGAGAAGCUGUUGCUAAGUCAUGGGGCCCUUCUAGAGCAGCAGGGGGCUCUACAGAAUGGGCAGCAGCAACUGGACUCGGCCAUUAACUCAAACCUUGAGCGACUUACCCAGGAGAAGGAGCUGAUCAGUUCUGGGCAGGAACUGGUGGCACAGCUCAUCCAGCGCAUCACGCAGCGCAUGGAAAAUGUUAGCGAGCACUUGAAAGGUCAAGGAUUGGAGCUUCAAGAUGGACACAGGGCUAUCCUUGCUGACCUGGCAGAGGUCAGGGGUCAGGCAAAAGACAUCUACAAGAAAAUAGAGCAGAACCUGUCUGGUUUCCUGCUCUAUCAGAACCGCACGGCCCACUUCUAUGACGACCUUAUGGGGAAGCUUCAGCGAAUGAACAGCACUCUGGGACUGCUGGUCCACUACCUGGACGUCAUGCAGGGGCGACUGGAGGACAGGCUGCAUUCAAUUCAAGGAUACCUGGGAUGGGCAGGUUGCAGUCUGGCGGCUGUAUCCACGUGUGUCCUCCAUGGGGGUUAUUUCCUGUUGUCUGCAGUGCUGAUGUCUUUCCUGCACACCCCGGGGUUUUCUCGCGUCGCCCUGCUGGUGAUGGUGCUGUUCAAUGCCGUGGCCGAGAUAAACCAGCAGCCAGCGCUCGACUUCACCAGCCUCAGCCUGCUGCUGCUCCUCGUCUCAGUGGGUCACUGGUUCCUGCUCCAGCUGUUCCGGGGCUGUGUGACGCUCCAUCGCCGGAGAAGUGCCUCCCCACCUAUGCUAUGUCCAGGGAAUACAGCCUCGGAGACAGAGAUCCUCAAGUUUGGUUGCCUGACCUCAUCUACCCCCGACAGAGAUCCAGGAGAGGCUGGUGUAAAGCUGGAGCAGGACAGUUACAUCUUCGACGAGCCCAGCAUGGCCGGUGUGUCUCGCCCCCCUCAGACGACCCCCAGCCACUCCACUCCGCUGUUCAAGAGCCGGCGCAGCCUGCCGGGGGUAGCGCUAGAGGGCAUACGGCAGAGGAAUCUGGUCACCCUGCUGGAUGCUGUGAGUGACUCCCGUAGCUCCAGCCCUAACGUUUCCACAGCGAGCAUUGGCUCCAUGUCCGGCAGACAGCUGUGCAAUGGCGUCACAAAGAUGGGACAAGUGUGUAAGAAGAGGGCGGUGCUGGGUCAGGACUACUGCAGAUUGCACGAGGGUGGCCACACGUCCUACACCCCCCCCCUCUGAUGGCCCACCCCACACCACUCCACCACCAGUCCUGCUGUCUCCAGGAGACAAUUGACCUCGCUCCACCCGAGGUUUCGAUAUCUUAAUGCGUCAAUACUUUCUCUGGACCUCAGUGUUGAGAUCAAGUGCAUCUUAUUAGCUAUAAAAUUAUUUUAGAAAACAUUGUCCAAUGAAGCCAGUGAUUGAAUUGGUACAGGGGUCUGAGGGACUAGUCUCACACCUGUUCUCUAGUCCGGUGUUUCCUGAUUCUAGUCCUCUGCACUUUGACACCUGCUGGUUUUUGUUCCAAAAGAGAUCUCUGGUUUCUUUUAACUAAAAACCUGUUAAUGAUUUUAAUAUAUUUGGAACUUUGAUAUUUAUGUAAAAGAUAAAAGGGAACCUCCAAUAUGCACAGGAGGAAAAACACAAAUGAAUGAUUUUAGAGCUUGGUAACCCCUACUCUAGACCUUUUUGUAACCUUUCUUCAACUCCCAGUCAGUCCAUUCCAGUUCCUUGAGUGUCUUUAUCCCACAUGGGUCAGAUUGUAGUAACUGCUGACCUCCAAAUCCGAUCCCCAAAGGCUACACUCUGGUGGGUUAAAGCCCAUGAUGUUUCUUACUGUGGUGAGUCUUUUGAAGAGCCUGAUGUAGCUGGGUUAGUUUGGUACUGGGAUACAAGUGUGGAGGGUUCUUACAUUUACAUAUGAAUAAAUCAGUACCAGUCAUCUUUAUGUGGACGUGGUUACACUGUGUGUGCUUAGAAUGGUUGGGGGGGAAAAAUUAUGCAAGAUUUAUACUGGCCAAGUGAAAAGAUUAAAAAUUUUCCAAGUUGAGGUUAUAGGUCUUUGCUUAGUGGUAUGUUCUCUCUCAAUUAUGUGGCCUUGUAUGUGUCUGUUAUUUAUAUUGUAAUUUUUAUUUUUUCACUUAAAAUAAAUAAGUUUUUCCUGUCUUA